AGGGACAGAGAAGAGCACACAGAACGUGCACGCGAGCACUGUGACACAGAGGGAGCGAGAGACAGAGACAGAGAGAGAGACAGAGACUGAGCGGUACGGCGGGAGAGUGCGCUCCUCUGUCCCGCUAUGGCUGAUCUUAUCCACAUGCACGACUCUUCCGCUACGCUCGUGAACAGGUUCGCCCGCAAAGGCGCGCUGCGGCAGAAGAACGUGCACGAAGUGAAGAACCACAAGUUCAUCGCGCGCUUCUUCAAGCAGCCCACAUUCUGCAGCCACUGCACCGACUUCAUCUGGGGAUUUGGCAAGCAGGGAUUCCAGUGCCAAGUGUGCUGUUUUGUGGUGCACAAAAGGUGCCAUGAAUUCGUCUCAUUCUCCUGUCCAGGGGCUGACAAGGGGCCAGAUACAGAUGAUCCAAGAAGCAAGCACAAAUUCAAGAUUCAUACCUACGGCAGCCCCACCUUUUGCGAUCACUGUGGCUCGCUUCUGUAUGGACUCCUCCACCAGGGGAUGAAAUGUGACACAUGUGACAUGAAUGUACACAAGCAGUGUGUGAUGAAUGUGCCAAGCCUGUGCGGAACAGACCACACUGAGCGCAGAGGACGCCUCUUCCUCAAGAUUGAGGUCAGCGGAGACAAACUUCACGUGACAGUUGGUGAAGCUAGAAACCUGAUUCCCAUGGACCCUAAUGGCCUCUCGGACCCAUACGUGAAGCUGAAGCUGAUCCCGGACCCCAAGAAUGAAACCAAACAAAAGACACGGACCAUCCGCUCUUCUCUUAACCCCACAUGGAAUGAAUCCUUCACCUUUAAGCUAAAGGCUACAGAUAAAGACAGACGGCUGUCAAUAGAGGUGUGGGACUGGGACAGAACCACCAGAAAUGAUUUCAUGGGAUCCAUGUCGUUUGGAGUGUCAGAACUGUUCAAGGCACCACUGUGUGGCUGGUACAAGAUGCUGAACCAAGAGGAAGGUGAAUACUACAAUGUGCCGAUUCCAGAAGUGGAUGACAUUAACUUGGAACUCAGGCAGAAGUUUGAGGCCUGUCAGCUAAAUAUCCACUUCCUAAAGAAAGCUAAGCUGGGCCCAGGCAAGAAAAUGAUCACACCGUCAGACCACCGGCGUUUCAGUUUUCCCUCCGGCAACAUGGACAGGGUUCAUCUCAACGACUUUCACUUUCUGGCACUUCUAGGAAAGGGCAGCUUUGGCAAGGUAAUGCUGGCGGAGAUGAAGUCCACGGAGGAGCUGUACGCAAUCAAGAUCCUGAAAAAGGACGUUGUGAUCCAGGAUGAUGACGUGGAGUGCACUAUGGUUGAGAAGAGGGUGCUGGCACUGAGGGACAAGCCACCCUUCCUCACUCAGCUGCACUCCUGCUUCCAGACAGUGGACCGGCUCUACUUCGUGAUGGAGUACAUUAAUGGAGGAGACCUGAUGUACCACAUCCAGCAAGUGGGCAAGUUUAAGGAGCCUCAGGCUGUGUUCUACGCUGCUGAGAUUGCCUUGGGCUUGUUUUUCCUGCAUAGGAAGGGAAUCAUCUACAGAGACCUAAAGUUGGAUAACGUGAUGUUGGACUCAGAAGGCCACAUUAAAAUAGCAGAUUUUGGCAUGUGUAAGGAGAACAUGUACGAAAGCAUGACAACACGCACCUUCUGCGGCACUCCAGAUUACAUUGCCCCAGAGAUUAUUGCUUAUCAGCCCUAUGGAAAAUCAGUGGACUGGUGGGCCUAUGGUGUGCUUUUGUAUGAGAUGCUGGCUGGGCAGCCCCCGUUUGAUGGUGAGGACGAGGAUGAGUUGUUUCAGUCGAUCAUGGAGCACAAUGUCUCCUAUCCCAAGUCCAUGUCGAAAGAAGCUGUGUCCAUCUGUAAGGGGCUGAUGACGAAGCACCCAUCUAAGCGACUCGGAUGUGGUCCAGAAGGAGAGAGAGACAUUAAGGAGCAGGCUUUCUUCCGCAGAAUCGACUGGGACCGGCUGGGCAAUCGAGAGAUUCAGCCCCCAUUCAAACCCAAAGUUUGUGGCAAAGGGGCGGAGAACUUCGACAAAUUCUUCACACGCACCCAACCCAUGCUGACCCCACCAGACCAACUGGUCAUCGCCAACAUCGACCAGAGCGAGUUUGCCGGCUUCUCCUACAUCAACCCACAGUUCAUCCACCCAUCAGUGCACGGAAGCGUUGUAUGAGACAGAACUGAUAUGUAACUCCCAUCCCCCCAGUGAUGAUGACUGUAAACUCAAUAUGUCUGUAUACUGUUAACAACCUUUCCUAAGCAAAGCAGUUUUGAAAGUGGGUUUAAAUGAGAUGAUCUAUGAUUGAAUGACAACAGGGUGACCAUCUACACAUGGUGCAAUACAUUAAAUAGGUAACAAUGGUUCUGAAAUCCUUACUGGUUUGAAGGCUUUAGAGCAAUGAUACCAUCACAGCCUGUUAUAUAUCUGGUUAUAUGUAAUUUCAGUGUAAAUUAAUGAUGCAAUAUAACGUGGAAUAGCACAACAUGUUCAAUGUGAUCCGUGGACCUGAGAGUGUAGUACAGAGAAGUAGUUGAGAAUUGAUUGUGGUUAGUUGGUCAUAUUGGAGCAGUAGGCAAUAUCAGGAGACAUGUAGGACCAGUGAAAUCAUUUUAAUAUUAAAGGAUAAUACACUGGUUUUUCUUCAUUUUAACCCCUGAAUCCAGAGCCUUGCCGUUCUGGCUGUAUGAGGUAUGUUGACAUGCUUGACUUGCUUUUUUUUUUUUUUUUUUUGUCUUAGCGUUGUCAGUUUCCUCUUAUCUACUGCCAUUUCUAAACUUCCUAAACUAAAUAGAAAUAUAUGCAUAUAUAUUUGUAUAUGAAAAAAAAGAUUAUCUAUUGUUAUAGGCGUGCCAAAAUAGAGGUGCAUUAAAAGAUUUUUAUUACUCUUACAAUGACCGUAUACUAAUUUCGGUAUAACUCUAUUUUCAUCCUGACUUGUUGGAGCAAGUUGUUCUCUGCUCCUGUUUGCAGCAUGAAAGUCCUCGAAUGUACGUUCGAUUCCAGAUGAAGUUUUGUUUAAGUUAUUGUUUGCAUCAGCCAGCAUGCUGUAUACUGUACAUUCAAGACAGCCAGCAAACGGUAAAGGGUGUGUGCAUGAUUGCUCUUGUACACACUGCAGAGCUACAUGACACAGAGAUGUUUCUUUCUAUUACACUGCAAAUUGACUCAUCUGAAACAUCCCAACAACUCUAAAACUAUUGUGUUCCUGAGAAAAAAAAAUUGAGUCUUUGCGCAACUCAGAAAAAAAAGAGGGUACACACAGCGCGCAUGCAUAGUAGCCCACUAGCUAAUGCAUAGUCUAAAGUCCAGUGACGAAAAAUUGUUGCAUCCACAUGACCAGUUUGCUGUUUUGAAAUGCACAAUGCAGUUCUAUGAUGCAUGUUUAUUUCUCUGUUUAGUAAAGUCCAUUAGAGAUCCCAAUAGACUGGGAACAGUCUCCAGUAUCCAACCUGCUUGCGUUAUAUGGUGAGAUAAGUGUUUAUGUACUUUUCCGUAAUGAACUCUGUGUUCUACUAUAUGCGCUGAAUUUCUUCUCUACUUCUUUCGAAUGCUUUCUUUCUUCCUGCGUUCUUUGCGUGACUACUUUCAUAUAAAGAGUUAUGUUUACUGUUACAUGAAAGCAACACUAUAUCAACUGUUUUUGUACAUACAGAGGCUGUUUCAAAAGAGAAUUAACUGUAGAUUUUAUACCAAGAACUGAAUGUGCUUUUACAACAGUAGUUGGUUAAGACAUAUCUGUACGCUUUAGAUAAUGUGAUUAAAGGAGACUAGUUUGGCAGAACCUUUGAUAGCUUUGUUAACGGCAAACCUUGUUACAUAUGUAUUUCUUGUAUUUAUCUGCACUUUUUUGUCAAUGUUUAUGAGACAAUAUAAGCGACGAAACAGUAUCUAGAUAUGAGCGCCGUUUAAACCAACGCUCCUGCACAUUGUGUUUCUUUUUGUUGUGUGCAUGUAAGGGUGCGGGCAAAUCGGAGCAUGUAAAUCAAGUGUUGAAUCAACUACAAAUCUACAAACCAACCAUCUCCAGGAAUGGCUGUGUCAUGCCAAGUAUAAAACCUGUGCCCUUUACUUUCAUGUUGUCACCCUCGUCCUUUUUUCUUUUCAUCUUUCCUGUUUUUUUGUUUUUUUUUUAUCUUUCCACAUCUGGCUUUUGAAUGAAAAACCAGGAUAGACAUUAAUCUUACUUUAUUUCGAACAAGAACAUUUACUUUUAUUCCUAUUUGUAACAAAUUGACAAUUUUGCUGCAUAAAUUGGCUUGCAUAAGUUUUCACCCCCUGGCCCUCAAAAACCUGGAACUCAAAUGGACUUACUUUACUUAAAAUUUAAGGUUUCUGGAAAAACAUAAUUUAAUUUAAAAAGUAAAACUUAGAACUGCAUUUUACAUUCCUUACAUGUGAUUUGAAAUAUUUCAAGACCCCUUUUUUAUGAUUAUGGCUUACAGCUCAAUAAUAUCAAACUCCAGUAUGUCAAAAUUAUAGAAAAUAUUCUAAAAUCUAUUUUUAAAAAAAGAUUUGCAAUGCAGAAAUUCUGAAAAAUUCAUUGAAAUUCAUGUUCAUUUAAACACUCAGCACUUGUUCAGAGCUUCUUUUGCACAAAUUACUGCAUCAAUGGCAUAGAGGCAAUAAGCCGUUGGCACCAGGUUGCUUUGAUAACAGCCUUCAGGUCGUCUGUCAGGUGUUUCUCAUCUUCCUUUUGACAAUAACCAAAUCUCUGGGGAUGAGAAUUUAUGUGGUUCAGGUCAGGCACUGUGGGCAGGUGCUAAGUUCUACUGAUAAAGGAAAUCAGUAUCUGCAUAAAUCUUGUCAACAGAUGUGCUCUUAAAUCUCCUGGGAGACCGCUGCUAGUUGGACUUGAUAAAACACUGUGUACCAAACCCAAGCAGAAGACAUGGCAUCCCAAAUCAUCAUCAGCUGCAGAAAAUUCAAAAUUGACUACAAGCAGGAUUCUGUGCCUCUCCAUUCUUCGUCCAGACUCUGGGACCUUGACUUCCAAAUGAAAUACAAGAUGUAUAUUCAUCAUAAAAGAGGACUUUGGACCAUUGAGCAAUGGUCCAGUUGUUUUUCUGCUUAGCUCAGCUAAGACGCUAAGACGUUUUCUAUGGAUUGAUGCGACUUGAUGCAGAAAAUACAACAGUUGUAGCCCAUGAGUGUGGUGGCUCUUGAUACACUGACUCCAGCCUCUCCUUGUGAAGCUUUCAAGAGAAUUGGCUUUGUUUAAAAGUCAAAAUAAAUAUGCUUUGAUACAGCACUCUGCCACACACUCUGUGGUGUGUAUUUAAACUAAAUUUAUAGUCAUUUUAAUUUAUAGUAAAUGCAACCAAAAAAGGCUUGAAAUGUUUCACUUUACAUGUAGCGAAUCUAGAAUAUAUGCUUUUUUUAUAUAUAAUUCUUUCCACAAUAUUCAGAAUUUUUAGGAAGCACUGUAAUUUGCUAAAUGUUUUACAAAGUAAAAAAGUAUUAAUUGCAGAUGCAACCAGUUGCCAUCAGAAAUCACAAUUUUUAAAUAGGUCUUUAAAUCAGGUUAAUUUGUUUUGCACCUAUUGUGUCACGCUAUAAAUCAAUCUGUUCAUGGAAGGCCAUAGAGCUUGUAAUAGAGUAAAAACAUUAUGAAAUACAUGAAAUAUUUUAAGUGCAUUAUUAAAAAUGGAAAGAAUUCUUCACAACUGUGACUCUGAUUAGACAAGGUCAUUUCCUCAUGUGACCAGGUAAAGAGGGCAUUGAUAAGAGAAUGUGUAGAUGUUUAUGGACAUACAGUAAUAUAUACCUUAUAGUUUUGAAGACUCUUGCUUGAAGGUCUGGUACUAAUCUGGUCCAUAUUUUAACUCACAAACUAAAGCUUAAGUGGUCUAAAAGUCCAGUCCUUGUCUAUUCAGUCUUCAUCCAUUCGUGCCAAAAAUCUGUUUAUACAUUUAGAUAUAGACAAUGUAAUUAUAUUAAGUUUAAGAAUCACCCAACAGGAAUCCAUUUCCCCCAACCCAAUGCCUCAGGAUGUUCCCAUACACAUGCACUAUUAAUGUGCCAAUGAUCUUAGUGGAUUAUUGUCUACUUUGAUACUUUAACAGUGGAUUUGUCAACAUUGUUUAUUGAAUUUGGACAGAAAUCACUGGAUUGGGACUUUUGCCAUUAAACUGUAAUACUGUUCACUGCAAAGCAAUGGAUAUAUGCAUUUUUUUUUUCAUUUUUAUAGCAAUACAGCGCUACCCUUUAUUUUAAAUUACUAAAACAUAUUUAUUAAUAUGUGAUGUAUAAUUGAUUACCUUCAUUUGACCUAUUAUAAUUAUAAAGACAUUUACAGAAAUGUAUGGAAAUAGGUGCUCAAACUCUUUUCACAUACUUGGAAUCAACCCAAUAAAGUGCAAGAUUUAAUGAGUAAAUUAUUUUGUGUUGGAAAAAUAGGUGUUUAGCAUUCCUUCACAUCAAAGUUUGUGCAUCAUACUUAAAUAUGGAAAUUAUUUAAAACUUACAGUGAUGGUUAUGCCAAUGAGAUGGCACCCUAUUUAGUGAGAAUUACAGUGUGUCUCACAUUGAGAAUGUUGGAAUUAUAUUAGGUAUUUUAACUUCUCAGAUAAUGACAGCGUGCAAAAUCUUUGUGGGUCAAAGCAUAUACUGUAUUUACAUAAAUAUAAAUACAUGAAGAAAUUCCAUCCAGAAUAUCACUGGAUCCAGGGCAAAGUUUUAGUUUGAAAUUAAUAUUUACCUCCUUGUUUAUAACUACCAAGCUUUGAAAACGUUUGUCCUUAUUUGUCCAUUGUUGAAGAUACGGUGUAUUAAUAAAUGUUAAGGAAAUGCUGUCUUGGACUUCUUUUUUUUUACCUUAUACUAUUAAACCAUUGCUUAAAGAUCAAAUGCAGGAACAUUGACUCAUAAUAUGUUGAAUAAUAUAUCAGAAUAUGUAUUAUCUGUAACAUAACCAUUGCUUAUGGA